UUGGUUUACUAGUUAUAAAAAGUAGUCAUAUUUUUUUUCUUGUCCAGUCAUAAAUUUUUUAAAUUCAGUUUUUUAGUACUUGCUUUUUAAGUUCUAUAAUAAAAAUAAUUCAGAGGAAAAUGGCCAAAAUACGGGUUUAUGUUAUUGGAGUUGGAAUGACCAAGUUUGAGAAGCCUGGUCGCCGUCAAGAUGUUUGUUAUCCAGAUAUGGCUAAAGAAGCUGUUACAAAAGCUCUCAAAGAUGCGAAAAUUGAUUACUCUGAAAUAAAACAAGCUUGUGUUGGAUAUGUUUAUGGUGAUUCAACUAGUGGACAAAGAGCUUUGUAUGAAGUUGGUAUGACAGGAAUACCGAUUUAUAAUGUUAAUAAUAAUUGCUCGACCGGAUCAAGUGCAUUAUAUUUAGCGAAACAAUUAAUUGAGACUGGUAAUAAUGAUUGUGUUUUAGCAUUAGGAUUUGAAAAAAUGGAAAGAGGUUCCUUAUCUGGAAAGUACUUUGAUCGUGCUAACCCAAUGGAGAAACAUGUUGAAGUCAUGUCAACAAUGGCUGAUAUUGAAGGAUCUCCAAUGGCGUGUCAAUUCUUUAGCAACGCUGGUCUUGAACAUAUGAGAAAAUACGGCACAAAACCGGAACAUUUUGCUAAAAUUGCUUACAAAAAUCACAAGCAUUCAGUUAAUAAUCCCUAUUCCCAAUUUCAAGAUGAAUAUAGUUUGGAACAAAUAAUGAAAUCACCAAAAAUUCAUGGAGUAAUAACCAAGUUGCAAUGUUGCCCAACAAGUGAUGGUUCAGCAGCUUGUAUUUUAGCAUCAGAGGAUUUUGUUAGACGUCAUGGUUUAGAAGCUCAAGCUGUUGAAAUUGUUGGAAUGGAAAUGGCAACUGACCCUGAGUCAACAUUAAAGGGGCAAAGCUUAAUGAAAAUUGCGGGUUAUGAUAUGACGAAGCUUGCUGCUGAGAAACUUUUUGCUAAAGCAAAUUAUAAACCGCAAGAUGUAAAUGUGGUUGAGUUGCAUGAUUGUUUUUCGGCUAACGAAUUAAUAACAUACGAAGCAUUAGGUCUAUGUGAACCAGGGAAAGCUGGAGAAAUGAUUGACCGAAAUGACAACACCUAUGGUGGAAAAUAUGUAAUUAACCCAAGUGGUGGUUUGAUAUCCAAAGGACAUCCUUUAGGUGCAACUGGUUUAGCACAAUGUUCUGAAUUAGUAUGGCAACUUCGAGGAGAAGCAGAUAAACGUCAGGUACCAAAUUGUAAACUAGCUCUUCAACAUAACUUGGGUCUAGGAGGUGCUGUUGUUGUAGCGUUAUAUCGUUUGGGUUUUCCCAAUGCGAAGAAUCGAGUAAAAAUGAAUUUAACUGCUGCCACAGAGGCAAUUGCUGAUAAUCCUGAAGGAUUUCAGGUUACACCAUUAUUGCAAUUAUUGGAACAAGCAAUGCAAGAAGAUAAAGAAAAUUUAAUUGAGAAAGUUCGCGCAGUUUAUGGUUUUAGGGUCACAAAUGGUCCAGAUGGAAAAGUUGGAUAUUGGGUAAUAAACGCAAAAGAAGGCAAAGGAAAGAUUAUAUAUAACGGAAAAGAUAAAUGUGAUAUCACCUUUAUUAUAAAUGAUGAAGAUGUAGCUGAGCUUAUAACUGGUAAACUGCCUCCACAAAAAGCAUUCUUCCAAGGCAAAGUUAAAAUUCAAGGAAACAUGGGAUUGGCUAUGAAAUUGUUAGAUUUGCAAAGAACAGCACAACACAGAAUUGAUGAAUUAAGAUCAAAGUUAUAAGCAUAGAUUUUAAAUUUUAAAAAAUAAUAUAAGUUUAACACUUAGAACAUCACAAACAAAUUGGAGAUAAAAUAC